AUGCAGGGUCGUUUGUCUGCUUGGCUAGUCAAACACGGGCUAGUUCAUAGAUCUUUGGGCUUCGAUUACCAAGGAAUAGAGACUUUACAAAUAAAGCCCGAAGAUUGGCAUUCCAUUGUUUUUAUUUUAUAUGUAUAUGGUUACAAUUAUUUACGUUCUCAAUGUGCUUAUGAUGUAGCACCAGGCGGGCUGUUAGCUAGUGUGUAUCAUCUUACGAGAAUAGAAUACGGUGUGGAUCAACUAGAAGAAGUUUGGAAAAGCGCGGAUUUUCAAGAACGGGAAUCUUAUGAUAUGUUGGGAAUCUCCUAUGAUAAUCAUCCACGCUUGAAACGUAUUUUAAUGCCUGAAAGUUGGAUAGGGUGGCCCCUACGUAAGGAUUAUACUGUCCCCAAUUUUUAUGAAAUACAAGAUGCUUAUGGAAUGGUAUUCUAUAUAUGGAAUAUGGAUAGAUAA